AGACAAGCAGGUCGUAAAAAUAGUGCGAUAUAAAACCUGGACGCGCCGAAGCCACCCUCGCACAAGAAAGCUUGCGCGGCGGGCACUGGCUUGUCGGUCUCGCCAUGGGGACAGUGAAUUCCCAAAACUGUUCCAGCCACAAGCAUCACCAGCAUUCAGAAAUCAGCGAAUCAGCCAAGGAACUCUUGGAGGAUCUGAGUCUGGAAUCUUGGAAGCGCCGGGUGCCGGUGAUACUGUACCUGUCGCUGUUGGUGGUGUUAGGUACCGCGGGCAAUGCCUUGUGUUUCGUCGUCUACUACCGCUGCUACCGACCCAGUAGUACGAGGGUCUUCGUGCUGGCUCUCAGCGCGUGCGACCUCCUGACCAACCUCGUGGCGCUGCCGCUACAGAUGUACAGCAUCCGCAUGUCGUACAACACUUUCGGGGACACCAUGUGUCACGCCCUCUUCGUCUUCGCCACCAUCCCCACUCAGGCUUCAGGAUUCCUUCUCGUCCUCGUGGCCUAUGACCGCUACCGCCACAUCUGCAAACCCUUUGCCUGGCAGCUGACCCCUAACAAGACCUGGUCACUUGUCGCCGUGGCAUCAGUACUAACACUUGUUGUCUUCAUCGCCUUCACACCCGUGUAUGGCGAGCACACGGUAACGCGUGUCGACUGCGACAAUGUCACGGUCCACAUGUGCUGGUUCGAUGACAGUUGGAAGGAUAAGGAUUAUCCUACAGCUUACAGUAUAGUUGUCUUAGUGUCGUUCUUGCUAGGAUGUGUGGCUAUGACCAUCUUCUACACGUGCAUUGGUGUGCAUGUCUACAGGCAUCGUCGCAGGAUGCAUCAAAUGUUUUUAACGAUCACGUCUAGAAGUGACCUGAGUGGGCGAUCUUCCGAGACUAAGGUUGCCAACGGGGGUGAAGACUGUUCUGUAAGAGAUCUUGACGACGACGAAAGCUGCAACAAUGACAACACAUCGAGAGCAUCGAAGUUGACUGUCGUGUCAGUGGAUUCGGUUUUGAACCUCCUGAAUGCAGAGCCCUUUACCAGUAGCAGACGCCAUGACAGAGGGAACCCAGCAGACGAUGAUGACGUCUUCUACACCGCAACAUCUCGCGAGAUUUCGACGGUUGCCGUCAGAGGGGCAUCUGAAGACAGAGGGCAGUGUAUGAACUCGAGCACUCGGGCAGACGGCGGCAGGUGCAGACAAACAACGGCUACAGCAACAGGCGACGCAGCAGCGCUCGCACCACAUUUGUUUUUUUCCAGCAGAUUUCAUGUCACGACACCCAUCAACAUGUGUGAGAAGUGCACCGAGUGCUGGAGAAACACAGACGGCCUUCUUCUACGGUCCUACUACCUCAACAGCGCCGUCAACGCCUUUGUCUACUGCGUCUGCAAUUCCAAGUUUCGUCAGCAGUGUCGUCUACUUCUGUUUCCAAAGAAAUGUGUGUCUUAAUCUCAUUCUUCGUCUCCACUGCAACUUACUUUUAACAUGAAAUGGAGGUCUUUUAUCAAACCAUUUUUGUUUUAAAAAAAAAUCCAACAGCAUCAAUCUUUGUCGAGAGGACAAGGAAUCCCCAAAAUGGUGCGUAGACAUUGUUAAUGCUAACGCUCUUCGUAAUCCACACUGACCUGCUUUUGACCUGUGCUGUACCCUGACUUCAUAAAAGAGAACAUUGGAAGGAAGAAUUAUGAUCAUUAUACAUCAUCUUUUCAACUACUUUCAGAGUGAAUUACAAAGGAUGUAGCUGCCGGUCCCUUCAGCUUCAGUCGGCUCGAGAAGCUAAAAAAAGGUUUUAUCGCGUAACUGAAGUAGCCAUAGAAUAGCUUAAAAUGGUCUUCCAGUUUGUAACUAUUUGCAGAUGUAGUGACGAUAAU